GUGCCGCAAACCCGCAAAUCCGCAGCCAAAUCCGCAAAUCCCGGCAACUUUUAACCAAGUCCGCCAACCUCUUUAUCUCGGCCACUUCCACUUUGCCAUCACAACUCCCGAUAUCCUACGGAAACAACCAAACAAAACAAAACAAACCCGUCAUCAACAAAACAUCACAAUCAACACAUCCGCAACCAUGUUUUCCAGAUCCGUUCGUACUCUUUCCGGCCGCGUCCUCGCCAACGCCGUCCGCCCUACCGUCAUCCCGGCUGCGCGCCAGAUUGCGCCCGCCCUCGCCGUCGCCGCCAGGAGGUCUUACCACGAGAAGGUCCUUGACCACUACUCGCGCCCUCGCAACGUUGGUACCCUCGACAAGAAGGACAAGUCUGUCGGCGAAGGCCUCGUCGGCGCCCCCGCCUGCGGUGAUGUCAUGCGUCUUCACAUCAAGGUCGACCCCGAGACUGGAGUCAUCAGCGACGUCAAGUUCAAGACUUUCGGCUGCGGUUCUGCCAUCGCCUCUUCCAGCUACGUCACCGAGCUCGUCCGCGGCAUGACCCUCGAGCAGGCCUCCAAGGUUAAGAACACGGAGAUUGCCAAGGAACUCUGCCUCCCCCCUGUCAAGUUGCACUGCAGCAUGCUUGCUGAGGAUGCCAUCAAGGCCGCCAUCAAGGACUACCGCACCAAGAACCCCCAGGCCAUGCCCACCAACCUCGCUGGCACCGGCGCCAAGUUCGAGACUGCCCACGCCUAAAUUUGUCACCUACUGACAAGCCACCUUGGGAGGAUGAUAAUGGGGGUUGUAUGUUGAAGAAAGCUAAAAGUGGAUUUUGCGCCAAGAGCCGCAAACCUUGAAAAGGUCGGCCAUGCAUGCGUCGUUGGGUUUGUCGUCUCUUUUUUUGGCGGGGUUCAUUAAGGGAUUAUCACAUCAUCCAUUAGCGGAGUCUUUCGGAGUUUUGGAUUGAUUUUGGUGGGUUGUUGUUUCUUUCCUGUUGUUGUUGUUGUAUGUUCAACACCACAACCACUUUUUUUUGGCUGGUUUGUUGCUGGUUGCGUUGUUGUAACGGAGAAAAGCAAGCUUUAUUCUUCUUUCUAAACCUUCUAUCCUGUUAUACCACAACCUCAUUGUCCCCAUCUGUAUGUUUAUUACGCCUUAUGCAUAUGGUAUAUAUCAACAUACAAUGCACCCACUCC